GCCGCCGGCGGCGGCGGCGGCUGCCGAGAGAGGCCCCUCCUUCACGCCCUUCUUUCCCUCCCUCGCAGCCGAGCGGAGCCGACGCAGCCGGCCGGGCCCCUGCCUUCUCCCGGCAAUGGCCGGCAACGUGAAAAAGAGCUCUGGGGCCGGCGGCGGCGGCUCCGGGGGCUCGGGCUCGGGCGGCCUGAUUGGGCUCAUGAAGGACGCCUUCCAGCCGCACCACCACCACCACCACCUCAGCCCCCAUCCGCCGGGGACCGUGGACAAGAAGAUGGUGGAGAAGUGCUGGAAGCUCAUGGACAAGGUGGUGCGGUUGUGUCAGAACCCAAAGCUGGCGCUAAAGAAUAGCCCACCUUAUAUAUUAGACCUGCUGCCAGAUACCUACCAGCAUCUGCGUACUAUCUUGUCAAGAUAUGAGGGGAAGAUGGAGACACUUGGAGAAAAUGAGUAUUUUAGGGUAUUCAUGGAGAAUUUGAUGAAGAAAACUAAGCAGACCAUAAGCCUCUUCAAGGAGGGGAAAGAAAGAAUGUAUGAGGAGAAUUCUCAGCCUAGGCGAAACCUAACCAAACUGUCCCUGAUCUUCAGCCACAUGCUGGCAGAACUAAAAGGAAUCUUUCCAAGUGGACUUUUUCAAGGAGACACAUUUCGGAUCACUAAAGCAGAUGCUGCUGAAUUUUGGAGGAAAGCUUUUGGGGAAAAGACAAUAGUUCCUUGGAAGAGCUUUCGACAGGCCCUACAUGAAGUACAUCCCAUCAGUUCUGGGCUGGAGGCCAUGGCUCUGAAAUCCACUAUCGAUCUAACCUGCAAUGAUUAUAUUUCAGUGUUUGAGUUUGACAUCUUUACACGACUCUUUCAGCCCUGGUCCUCUUUGCUCAGGAACUGGAACAGUCUUGCUGUAACUCAUCCUGGCUAUAUGGCUUUCUUGACAUACGAUGAAGUGAAAGCUCGACUCCAGAAAUUCAUUCACAAACCUGGCAGUUACAUUUUCCGGCUGAGCUGUACUCGUCUGGGUCAGUGGGCUAUUGGUUAUGUCACUGCUGAUGGGAACAUUCUCCAGACAAUCCCUCACAAUAAACCUCUCUUCCAAGCACUGAUUGAUGGCUUCAGGGAAGGCUUCUAUUUGUUUCCCGAUGGACGAAAUCAGAAUCCCGACCUGACAGGCUUAUGUGAACCAACUCCCCAAGACCACAUCAAAGUGACCCAGGAACAAUAUGAAUUAUACUGUGAGAUGGGCUCCACAUUCCAACUGUGUAAAAUAUGUGCUGAAAAUGACAAGGAUGUAAAGAUUGAGCCCUGUGGCCACCUCAUGUGCACAUCCUGUCUUACAUCUUGGCAGGAAUCAGAAGGCCAGGGCUGUCCUUUCUGCCGAUGUGAAAUUAAAGGUACUGAACCCAUCGUAGUAGAUCCGUUUGAUCCAAGAGGAAGCGGCAGCCUAUUGAGGCAAGGAGCAGAGGGAGCUCCCUCUCCAAAUUAUGACGACGAUGACGAUGAACGAGCUGACGAUUCUCUCUUCAUGAUGAAGGAAUUGGCUGGUGCUAAGGUGGAACGACCUCCUUCUCCAUUCUCCACGGCCCCACAAGCUUCCCUUCCCCCAGUGCCACCACGACUUGAUCUUCUGCAACAGCGAGUAUCUAUUCCUUCAAGUGCUUCUGGUCCUGGAACUGCUUCAAAGGCUGCUUCUGGCUCCCUUCAUAAGGACAAACCAUUACCAAUACCUCCCACACUUCGAGAUCUUCCACCACCACCCCCUCCAGACCGGCCAUAUUCCGUUGGAGCAGAAACCCGACCUCAGAGACGCCCUCUGCCUUGUACACCAGGCGAUUGUCCCUCCAGGGAUAAACUGCCCCCUGUUCCCUCUAACCGCCUUGGAGAAUCAUGGCUGCCCCGGCCAAUCCCCAAAGUACCAGUAGGUUCCUUAAGCCCUGGUGACCCCUGGGCAGGAAGAGAAUUAACUAACCGGCACUCACUUCCAUUUUCAUUGCCCUCACAAUUGGAACCCAGACCAGAUGUGCCUAGGCACGGAAGCACAUUCAGUCUGGAUACCUCCAUGAGUAUGAAUAGCAGCCCGUUAGUAGGUCUAGAGUGUGAGCACCCCAAAAUCAAGCCUUCCUCGUCUGCCAAUGCCAUUUAUUCUCUUGCAUCCAGACCUCUUCCAGUGCCAAAGCUGCCCCCUGGGGAGCAGUACGAGAAUGAGGAGGACACAGAGUAUAUGACUCCCUCCUCUAGGCCUUUGGAGACAGCCCAGAGUUCACGAGUGAGUGAAUGUGACCAGCAGAUUGAUAACUGUACAUAUGAAGCAAUGUAUAAUAUUCAGCCCCAGGCAACAUCUGUCACAGAGAGCAGUACCUUUGGUGAGGGGAAUUUGGCUGCAGCCCAUGCCAGCACGGGACCUGAGGAAUCAGAAAAUGAGGAUGGUGGGUAUGAUGUCCCUAAGCCACCUGUGCCAGCGGUGCUGGCCCGCCGAACUCUCUCAGAUAUCUCUAAUGCCAGCACCGCCUUUGGCUGGCUGUCACUGGAUGGUGAUCCCACAACAAACUUCACUGAGGGUUCCCAAGUUCCUGAGAGGCCCCCCAAACCGUUCCCUCGGAGAAUCAACUCUGAACGAAAAGCGGGUAGCUCUCAGCAGGGUGGGGGUGCUGCUGCCGCUGCCGCCGCCGCCGCUGCUGCCUCACCUCAGCUCUCCAGUGAGAUUGAGAGCCUCAUGAGUCAGGGCUACUCCUACCAGGACAUUCAGAAAGCUUUGGUCAUUGCCCACAACAACAUUGAAAUGGCCAAAAAUAUCCUCCGGGAAUUUGUUUCGAUUUCUUCUCCUGCCCAUGUAGCCACCUAGCGCCUCACCUCGCUGCUGCAGCUGUAGAGGACCAAUAAGCCGGGAGCUCUUACUCAAGUAGCACCCGAGAGGGCAGAGCUUCCCUUGGAGGCUUCACGAUGAAGUCUUGCCCUGUCUGUGGGGUAUCACAUCUGUGGUUCCAAGAUUUCAAAGCAGUGGAAUGAAAAUGGAGCAGCUAGUAUGUUUUGUUAUUUUAUUUGUUUUGAGAAUGCAUUUGAAGGUGUCCUUGGUCCCUGUUUAGAGAGAGUGUGGCUUUUUGUUACACAGUAGUGUAGUUCAGCCUACCUGGGGAACAGUCCAAAAAGCAGUAGGACAGGUAUUGUGCUGUAAAUCCUUAAGCGAGGAUGUAAGACUUUCCUAGGUUAAGAAUGUGGCCGUGUGUUUGUCUAUCUGUUAUGUUAUGUCCUGAGAUUAUAAGAUUAACCUGCUGUUUGUGUUAAUCCCAGGCAGGGAAUUAGCACAAGAGGUUUAGGAAGGAAUCUUUUAAAGACUUCCAUCUACUGUGGUAUUAUACCCAACCCUAAUGUGUGUAUUCAACACUCCCCUUUGACUUGGAUUAUCGUGUGCAUAGCUGAAGUCUUGUAUUUUUAGAACACUCUCUGUCCUUUUCCCUACCUCCUGCUCUUCCUCUCUUCUUGGUGUUCUAUCACUGGCAGUGGGCUUGCUAUGACCAGCCUUACUGAGGCCAAGCAGCUUAUAGGAUGUUCUUUAUUAUGUAUGGUGGUGGUGGUUCAUUUGGUAGAAAGGUAGGAAAAACGUAUUGUUGCUUUAUCAUUGUAGUCAUGUUUGAUAUUAGCAGCUAACACUGGCCAUUCCAAAGCAUUGUUUCUACAGGAACAUUGAAUUUGUUAAAAUAAGAUAUUUUAAUUAUCCUAAUUACAUAAUGACUGAUUUGAGAUAGAGGCCUUCAAAUACAUUCCAUGCCCUCCCCAGAAAAUAGUCUGUGGGAGUCAGUUGCCUUGGUGCCAGAUAUGUGCUCUGAUGUCGGUCACAAGUUUUUCUACUUAAUGGGAAAGGAAGAACAUUUGCUUCCAGGAUGGCUUUCUGGCCCAGAUACCAUGAAGCUUUUAGGAAGCUCCAGUCAUAUGCUAUUUACCUUAUUAUACAUGAAAUGCACAAAAUAGACAAUAAGGAUUUAUCUGUUCAGAUUUUCUUCCCAGUGAAUUAUUUUUUGCUUCUGUGGGUAUCUCCCUUUCAACAUGAGCCAGGUUAUAUUUUCAUAAAUAAUUCUUUCUUUGCCCUUUAAGGAAUGGGGAUAUCACCCCUGGUAGCAAAGCAUUUUGCUGAUAAUGAGUACCCUUCCUACACUGGUGCCACCCAGUGACUUGGUUUCCUCCUGUGCCUGUGGCUUUGGGACUGUAACAUCUCCUUUCUCCUCUUCUUCCCCUCUUCACCCUGGGUCCUGUGUAACUCUCUUUAAUUACUAUGUUUUCCACAGUAAUUAGACAUCAUUUGGUGUAAUAAAUUAGUGUAUAGUCAGUGACAAUGUGGAAGGACUGGCAGUUUCUGUAAUUCGGAGUCCAGUUUGCAGAAUCGUUAGUGUCUUCAGACGCUGCCAGAUGAUUCCUGGAGAUAUCUGUCCAGAGUCUUUUACUCACUUCCCUAGCAGUGGGCAACCUUCCUCCUUAUUGGAACCAAACCAAACCUGUUGGUCGAUAAAUCUGCCCUUCCCAAGAUAUAAAGCAUGUUUCUGUCUCUGGAUCCAGACAGAAAUGACCUUUCUUACAUCUCUUCUUUCCAGGGUUGCCAUCUUUGGAACUAAAACUUUUUUUCUGGAUCUUCUCUUAGCUUUCAGCUACUCCUGGAUGAUCUUUUGCUUUUGGCCCCUUGCCUCAGAGCCAUUUACGCUCCCACAGUAACAAGACUUCAUGUUGAUUUGCCGUGGUGACAUAGUGUCUACAUGGCAGAAAGCAGCAUAGUCCACCACCAAUGCAGGAGGUCCUGCAUUAGGAGGCAGGAGGCAGGGGAAAAGGGCAGUAAGUAGGAAACAGUAAACUACCGUCUAAAAGCCAGUGUAGUGCUUCAUUUAAGGUACCAUUCAGUUUUACAUGUUAUUUAGAUAGAAGGUUUAGAAAAAGAACUAGAGAAAAUGACAGCAGUUUCCAUGCCUAUCCAUGUUAGAAUUUUUGCUUAUCUGCAGACAUUGCCCAUAGUCUGGAGAGCUGUGAAGAGAGCAAAGCCCUGGUUGCGUAUCUUUUGCUGGUGCCACCUUUUCACUGCAUCCAAAUUUUUUUUCUUUGGAGGUUAUUGUUCUUACUGUAUAGGCUAAGGGCAGUUUCGUCCUUUCCUCUCCUGGUGGAAUACCCGUGAGGCUCUUCAGGUCAGCCCUGAAACUUCGAUGCCGGGUGCCUGUGCUGAGCAUGACUUGAAAUGAGCAGGUCUUAGUUUGUCAGAUGUGUACCUUAAGGGUUCAAGGCUUUGGACCAUUUUAUGAGGGUUUUUCUCUUUGACUGGUUACUCUGAGGACCUGCCUGAGUCCAUGUCUGAGAUUUCCAGGCAAGCCAUAGGAAAAUUUUCACAUGGUUCUUGUCUUAAGGGUAUUUCCAAAACUUUAAUUUCUUAUAUUUUCCUUUGUCUGAGGCACCUGUUCUUCAUCCUCCAUUUGUAUGGCAAUUUUUAAUCCUUUGGUUCUACUAUGAAUUUGACCAAAAUGACCCUUUCAUAAACAGGCUUUAUCUUUGAGUUUUGCCAUUUUUUGCAAACCCAUCCCCUUUCCCUAAUUACAAAGGGCUCCUCCUCUGUUAACUAUCAGGUUGAUAAGGUAAAAAACCACUUUGAUGUUUUCCUUUUUCUCAGUGCAUUGGACUGUUUUAUUCAACUCUUUCCUACUUCCUUAUGUCUUCCCUGGAUUGCUUGACAUCGUCUGCCUCAUUGCUGGGUCAGCUCCCCAGGCUGCUUUGCAGUACUUAAUCAGCCAUCAGGGCUGGACUUUCUCCAGCUGUCCCUCCCAUACUUCCAUGAAAGUAGAGGUCUAAAAAGUGGGGAAAAAACCUGUGGGUUCUAUGAUAUACCUCCCCUUAGUUAAAUAAUAAAUUGGGCAGUUUAUCAUCUCAGCAGGGAUCUGUUAGUAUUUAUGUAAAUAGUGAUCCAUACCUGUGGAUACCAUUCUUUUCCUCCAGCACCCUCUCUCUCCCCAACCCUACUUUACAUCUUUGGCCAUUCUUCUAUUCGUUUUAUCUUUUUAUCAUACAGACUCUCAUUACCAGGGCCCAGGGUUCGUUCUGUUAGGAUCAUUUUGUUGUUUUUUGGAUUAAACUGGGUUCUUGGGAUGAGGGGUGGGGUUGGGGAAUAUUCUUCAUACUUAAAAUAUUUAUUUCCUCUAUAGAAAAGUAAAAUAUGUUUUACGGUCCAAACAGCAAACUUACAAAUGAAUUUUUUACCACAACUUGCUUGCAAACUAGGGACUAUGUAUUCUAUUUAAGGCACCAUUAAUAAGAUGUAGUCCUUUUUGUAGGUGUUGACACAGAAUAUUCUCCUACCUCACAUCAUGAAAGUCAGGUUAUAGAGCUUUUUCCCAAGCUUUAAGUCCUUCUUGCCGUGGGCCUUUCUGACUCUGGAAUGACCACACUGUCCGGUGAAUAACAGCAUUCUGACCACUGGCCUGGCUGUAACAGUUUGUUUGUUCAUUUGGCAAACAUUUAUGGGUGUUUAUAUGCCAAAGUGUCAGCUGUAUGUUCUUCCCUGCCACCACCUGGUGGUUUACUGAUAUUGGAGGAUUGUACUUGGGCUGUCUGGCACUUACAUUUGGCCCUAAAAUAGCUCUUCCCAAUAAGAUUGUGCAAUUUUUACUCAUAGCUAUUUUAUAUAGACAGAUCUUUCUUUAUAGAGCCGUCCUGGUAAAAUCAGUCUAAGACUCUCCCGUUAAUCCUAUAGCUUUGAUUAACAUCUGGGAGAUUCCUUUGUGUAGGUCUCAUGGGUGCCUGACAUUUUUAUGUAUUUCGGUGGAGUCUAUUCGGUGAGCCAGUGGGACUGGAGAUUGAGGAUUAUGUUGGCUCGGGGUUGUACAAUAGGGCAUUUAAAUGUUUAAUUUAAGCAGAGCAUCUGUUCACAGUCCCCUUCCCAAUCCAGUGCCUUCCUUGAUCUUUUUAGUGAGCUGCUUGUUUCCCUAAUUCUCCUUGUUGAGAAGGUUUCCUUAUCACUAUUUUGGGACCUACCACCAUCUCCCAUACUAUUUGGAACUUAUUUCCAAUCCUUUGCAACAACCUUUGCAGCUAAUUCUGUGUCUUAGAAGGGCUGAAGGUACUGGGGAGGGUUGGCGCCUGUCUGUGGGUCCUGAUUUUCAACCAUUGUUUGCUUUCCCAAGAGCCAGACAGUAAAAUAGAUUUAAUUCAGUCAGUUCUUAAAAAAUAUCAGCCUUUACCUGGCAGGAUAGAGAGCUUAGAGACCCUAGAGCUUAGUAUCAAAGUCAACACAGCAUGCUUCUACUAGACCUUAAGGCUUUAGAAACUCAAUCUAAAGUAUUCUAACUCAACUUAAAGCGUUAUCAUCACUAUCUUGAUCUCAGUCUACAUUAGCAGUCUUCCUUUAGAAAUGCAUAUAGCCAUUUAAUGCAUGGAGGAGGGUGGAUGGUUCCUCUCAGUAGAAAGUGGAAGAAGGUGGAGGUUGUAUCUUUGCCUGUCCUGGUUAGGGAUCCUUUGGACGCAAGAAACAGAAAUACUCAAGCUAAAGAAAGGAGGUACUUAUUGUAAGGAUGCAGGGGAUUUCGCAAAACCCAGGACAGGAAGUACAGUUGAUUCUUUUAUGGAGCUAGAAUUGUAAAACUUUGCACUUGGUCCAUUCUGCUUCUCAGCCUUUUUAUCAGCAUGCAUGGCCCCGAAAUAGGCACCCUCAAGUCCACACGACCUUCCAGUUCUAGGGAACACCAUUAACAUUGGAAUCACCAGUUAAGCAUACAACCAUCCCAGCACAUUGAUCAGGUGUCUACCCCUAAGCAGUCAGCCUUGCCAAGGAGGAAUAGUACCACUGUUAGGCAAUAGCGGCAUACUCCUUGUGGGGGUGGGGGAUGUUGUGGGGGGUGAGAGGUCAUUUUCAGAGAAGCAGGCAUACACUGAAUACCAAAAAACCAAACCCGUUGCCGUGAAGUCGAUUCUGACUCAUAGUGACCCUAUAGGACAGAGUAGAAGUGCCACACUGAGUUUCCAAGGAGCGGCUGGUGGAUGCAAGCUGCCGACCUUUUAGUUAGCAGCAGAGCUCUUAACCACUGCACCACCAGGCCUCCAUACACUGAAUAGAUACCCUAAAAAUACUUCUACUCUUAACAGUAAACUUGCUGUUAUACUGCUUUUUUGAGAGUCUGGGACUUCGAAGAAAUUCUUAACUUCUGGUCAUUGUCUUUUUUUUCUCCCUCUUUCUUCCCUUGAUCAAUGUUGACAUCUAAGAUUUCUUUCCUCCCUCUUUAGGACUUCCUCCUCUUACACAGUGGUCUGUUCUUGGGUGUCAUUUCUCAGCCUUCAUUCAAUCUCAGGUUUUUAGCCUUAUUAUUUGGAGAGCAGAUCACAAAUUCCACUGUAGCCACUAUCCAUGGACUUCUGGGCUACCUUCAGGCCUUAGCACUGAAAAUAUAUUUAUUCUCUGGGCACUGUAGACACUCCCUUCCCUCCUCCCUGCCCUUUCAUUUGUCCUACACGAGGUGAGCUCUACAGGAAUCUUCUUAGGCAGGCCUUCCUAGGUACCUCAGAAACUACUUUGCCAGUAAGAGUAUAUAUUAGUUGGGACAGUUGGCAGGAUAUAAAUCCCAGUUUAGAAUAGAGUUUUUACUGAGAACUCUAGACAGGAUACCUGUGUUUUCCCUGUCCGAGUGUCUUUGUCUUUUUAGUCCUAUAUUAAAGCCUUUAUCUUUUUUUAAAAAAACCAUGCUUCUGCUUACCUGAGUCUUUUGAUCUUAUUUAUCUCAUCCUAGAGCCUGUCCUGAGUUAGCAAGGGAUUUCAUAAUUAUUUAUAACUUUGUAAGUACUAAAAGUCAUUUGAUAUACAUAGAAGUAACCUAAUAAUCCAAAGAUAUACAUUGAGGCACAUGAGAAAGGGUGGGUCUUCGGACUUUGCAUUUGAUAGUCUAGCCUAGGCUCCAAAAUGAAGGAGCCAAGGGACGGCAGUGUCGUGUGCCUUCACAGUGUCUUGGGAAAUCUGGGUUGGUUGCAAGGGGAAGUCCAGUGUUUCUUGGCUCCAGAAAGUAGCACAAAAGUAAGAGAUGGGGAAAGAGGGCUGGGGAGAGCAAGACCCGCAUGGAGAGGCUCGUUCAUAGCCAGAUGGAAAGCACCACGCUGAAGGGCCAGCUGUUGGUCAACAGCUGUUUGGAGGUCUUGCUGCCCCUCCCCUUGUAUAGUGCUUGAGAAAAAUGUGGCUAACCACCCCGUAUAUUUGUGCAGAGCAAAGGCUGGAAGCUAACCUCAAAUCCUGCUGAUUUGGCAGCUAUAGAAGUCAGCAGAGCUCUACUUGCCUCUCACAAGUUCUCCUUCCACCCCUGAAACAGAUCGUGAGACUAGAGAGGAAUAUUGCUCAAGACAGGCCAUGUGCGACUCUUCAGGCCUUGCGCUGACUCCAUGCUCAGGCCUGAGUGGGGGAGCUGUGCCCAGGUCUGGUACCCACAUACGUGUUCUCGUACCUUGUGUGUCAGUUCCCUCUUCCUGACCCUGUUAUGGGUUAGGGUAGCCAUGCUUAUGGUGGUCUUGAAAUUGAAGAAGCAGAGAACGACUUAGGAGCCUGUAGAAUGUGUGUUUUCUCUUGCGCGCCUCUUUCUUCUGCUGUCCUCUGCUGUCCGGGUGACGAAGCCUGCAGGCUCGAUGCCUCCUAACCUACCCUUCUUCACAUUGUUUUAGUGUCUUGGCCUGGAAGGAGAAGCCCAACCUCCUGCUGAAGCAUGUGGUAGGGGCAUGGCAGCUAUGAGGUACCUCCUCCAUCUGCUUUCUGGCUGUGGUGACUUGGGAUUUUUAACCUUAUAUAUCUUUUCCCUUUAUUCAAAACAAAAUAAUUUUUAGCACACUGGAAAAAAAAAAAAAAGCCAAAC